CUGCAUCAGCCUACGUAACAGAGUAUCAACUCUGACUUCCUGAAAGGGUGGAGUAGAGGAGCGGGGGAGAAGACGUCAGAUUGUGUGGAUUAUCUGUUGAUCCAAUUUAACCUUUUUGACAGUCUAUAUCAAACUGGGAAACGAGCUUUAAGUGGCACAGCAAGGUCCCAAGAAUGACCGAGCAACGGAGUGGCUAUCAGCAGCUCACCAAUGAAGAGGAGACAGCAGAAGUGUCUCAAGAAGUGCCCGACGCCCCUCCACCAUACAACAGCAUUGCAGCGGACAAUGCAGCUAAUUUCACCUUUAAAGAGGAUGGAUCUUACCCCCUACCUCCUUCAUACAACGUUGCCACAACAUUGCCCUCCUAUGACGAAGCUGAGAGGACCAAAACUGAAGCAGCACUGCCUCUCGUCACUGGAAGGGAGGAAGAUUUCAUUGCCAGGGAUGACUUUGAUGAUGCUGACCAAUUGCGGAUCGGAAAUGAUGGCAUUUUUAUGCUGACAUUCUUCAUGGCAUUCCUUUUCAACUGGAUCGGCUUUUUCCUGUCCUUCUGUCUGACCACUUCGGCUGCCGGUCGCUAUGGUGCCAUCUCUGGGUUCGGUCUCUCCCUGGUCAAGUGGAUUCUGAUAGUCAGAUUUUCUACCUACUUCCCUGGCUAUUUUGAUGGUCAGUACUGGCUGUGGUGGGUGUUCCUUGGGCUGGGGUUCCUGCUCUUCUUCAGAGGUUUCAUAAAUUACUCCAGAGUGCGCAAAAUGGCCGACUCCUCCUCAUUUUCUACUCUCCCACGAACCAGAGUACUCUUCAUUUACUGAAGGUCAUCUCAGAAAUUCGUCUGUCUGCAGAGGCUUACACAUCAAAGGAAGUGAAUGAAAAACCAAUGUACCAUUCAGACAUAAAUGAUUUUUUCUGUUUCUAUGUGCACAUUUUUACUAAUGGAUGCUGAUAGCUAUGUAACCAUUUACUCAUGAGUGGAUAAUGUCAAGUGCUAUUUUCAAUUUAAUCUGUGAUGCCUUAUGUAUCAUUUGUUAACAAUCAUGAAUUAGCUUGAGGCAAACUGCUCCACUCUGUUGGACUGAAAUGAUACAUUUUGCUUUUAGCCAGGAGGGGGCAGUCUUGUGAAACUUUUUUUCAGAGCUGUAUAUAUAUCGAUGGCUCUGACUUUUUUAGAAAUUAGAUUUUCUUGAAAAGUUAAUAGAAAUACCUGUACUCCAUUCCACGCCAUCAUUUAGUUUCUGGAUAUGGAUGAAAACCUUGACUCUUGAAAGGUUGGGGACUUAUUUGUUUUUACUUUGUAAGUAAGUAUGUAAACUAUAGUGAGUCAUUAAAUUUAGUGUUUGGUAUUAAAAAAAAAAAGAUGAUGAUUUAAAUGCAGUGAUCCAAAUGGUACUGUAGACAUGCAUUAUUUUAAGUAAAUCACUGUUGAAAUUAAUAGCCUACCCAAGCAUUAUUAUGAUACAUUUAUACACAAAUAUACAGUGCUUUUGGAGAUUGUUUUGUGGUCGAAAUGAGCAGCUGGUCAUAUCCAAAAGAAAAGAUAAGACAGAAAUAAUCACACAGAAACCAGGGAUUGAUUUAGUAUUCAGCAGAUACUGUUUGCUUUAUAUAAUGACAUGUUGAGAUUAUUUGUUUUCUUUUCUGGUUUUAUCAAAAGUUGCACAUCCAUUAAACUGUCCUCAGGUGAGCAGUUAUCCUGUCAUGGAGUUUUUGCAAUUUGGUGUCAAGUAAUAUUAAAUAAAUGUCACUUCAGUAGCAAA